GAUGGUGUAACUUGACCUCCUGUCCUCCAGUCCUGGUGAAGCUGCGGGGCACGGACGAGGUGGGCGAGGACAUGCAGGAGAUGAAGGAGGAGAGCCAGCAGAUGAUGAGGGAGAAGACGGUGACCAUCCCCGAGCUGUUCCGCUCCGCCGCGUACCGCCAGCCGCUGUUCGUCGCCGUCAUGCUGCAGCUGUCCCAGCAGCUGUCUGGGAUCAACGCUGUGUUUUACUACUCGACCGGGAUCUUCGAGCGAGCGGGGGUGUCCCAGCCGGUCUACGCAACCAUCGGUGCAGGAGUGGUCAACACCGCCUUCACGGUGGUCUCUGUAAGUCACACAAAGAAAUAUACAGUGCUGCUCAUAAGUUAACAUACCCCCCCCCCCCCAGGCUUAAGUUGAAUAAAAAGAGGAAUAAAAAAAUCAUGAUUCGGAAAUUAAACGUAAUGCCUUAAUUAAAAAAUGAGGUAAAAUCC